GAGAGGCGAAAAAAAAAAAAGAGAGGGCGAAAAGUUUUAGCCACGGGGAGGUCGGGGGCACUACUUGGAAGUGAGCGAAGUGUAAACACCGACGAUUACCGGUGUGAGAUAGUUUUGUAAGGAAGUAUUUUCACCUGAAGCUACUCAAACUCCCGACUGUUGUGUUAUUCUUUCCCUCGGAUGGGUCUCACUAGUGUUGCUCUACCACUGUGGAUGUCUGCUCCGGAGAGAGGCUCUUCGACUAAUUCAAACAUACAACUCUGUUGGUGAUUGCCUCUGUUGUUGGUGAUUGCCUCUGGCGAUUGCCUCUGUUUGUUAUUCAACAAACCUAGACCUAGAUCUAUCACUGUUUUUUUUUUGUUGUACUUUUUCUCUAAUCGGGGGAAAAGACUGCAAGAACAACGGAUGUUUUUUUUUCAUUCAAAAUGUUUCUCACCACAAAGAUAACCUAAAAAGUGUGUGUUGAAAAUAAUAAGGUAACGUGCAUUUUCAGUUUACCCUGCAUAUAAAUAAAAUAGAUCAAGAAUAUAGAUCUAUAUUCAAGAGCAAUGUAAUAUAUAAUUGUGGAAUUCGUAACGUGAGGAAUUAUCUUAUCGCCCAGUUGUUAAUGGAUGCUCUUCAAAUCUUUGAGAGAGGAUACUCCUUUGGAUUUAAUGUAAUCGGGAGGAGCUGAAAGCGCGCCGCACACACGCACGCACCGACCCACCAAACUCUUGAGGCUAUGGCCCUGGCAGCUAGUGUACAUAUACUUGUACACAUUGUGCUUGUGUGCGUGGCUACAUCAAUCGGCAUCAACUGCGACUGUGACACGAUGGAGUGCAAAGAGAGUGGCAAGACGUCCUGCCUUGGCCACAUGUGCUACACGGAGCUGCACAACAACGUCAUCACCAGAGGCUGCGACCCGACGCCGCUGGCCUGCGAGAACAGGAAGCCGGUUGGGAUCGGGAACUGGCCCAACUUGUUCUGCUGCAAGGACAAAAACUUCUGCAAUAAAUAUGUGGUGCCCUUGGGCGCUGUUCAAGGUACUGAAGCUCCCUUGACCACAGAUGACCAUGUCAACCCACACCAACUGACAGAAUCCAACUGCUCCAACUCUGAGGCCCAGUUACGGCGCUCGGCCGCUCGUGUCAUCAACCCAAUCUACAUCGCAGUGCCCGUGGCUGGGGUCUGCGUACUGCUGGCCCUGGUCAUCUUCGCCAUGUACCUGCUCCGGCGGCGGACCGACUAUCAUCACGACAACUUUCACCAUUACCAGAACGACCCGAGCCUGGCGCCUAAGCAGAUCAUCGUCCCGCAUCACUGCCAGUGCACGUGCAAGAAGACAGAGGAGGAGACUCCGUGCAGCAAAGGAAACAGGUGCACGGACAGUGAGCGGUCAUCGUCCGGAAGUGAAACGAAACUGUUUCUUCAGUCAUGACCGGAUGUGGGGUCAGUUUGUACAAAGAUAUCAUUUUUUUGGACCAAAUGUUAGUUCAAUAAUCGAAUUGCUCAAAGGAAUUGUGACUAUUUCUGAACACAAUGCUCAAAACAAAAAAAUUACUAACCAAUGGUUUUCCUUCUUUUCUGACACGUGACUUCAGUCAUCUGAAUCUACAUUUAUUGAAAUAAGGCAAAUAAGUGCCAAAGGUCACCAGAGGAUUCAGUUUAAAAAAAAUCACAAAUACUCUGUUUCUUAGAUGAGUAUUGACAGAGACAGUAGUCGAGCUGACCAGCUCUUCAAUUAGUUCGAUCAUGUACUUUGACCUAUCUGAAGUUUUGUUUUGCCGUAUUCCUUCCGGUUUCUGUGGAGAUGAAUAUAGCAGCCAAAAACUGACGUCAUCGUUGUAUUCUAUGAUUGGCUGAGAGUUGAGCUCCUAAUGAAAUAAAGCGAAAGUCUGGAGUAUGGCGGAUGUAGCUCUCACCACGAAGAUUUAAAAUGUAUUUACUUUUUUUUUUGUGCUUCAGGUCAGGAGCUCGGACCUUAAGGCGAAAGGUCACUUAAUAGGAUUGAAGGAUAAUAUUAAUUUAAAGCAAUGUCCGCUGUGAUGUGUAAGAUAUUAUCUUUGUUUAUGUUUGUAUCCUUGGUAACUAGACUUUUGUUAAUCCCAGAUGUAAAUAUAGCUUCCGGUAAUGGCGCUCAAUAUGUUUCCUUUUUUUUUUUAAACUUAAAACUGAAAGACUGUAAUAACUUUUUGUUUAUUCUUUGAUGUUUAAUGCUUAAUACACAAGAGUAAUUGUAGUUUGAAUCUUCUGCUCGCUGUCAAUAAAAAGGAUUAGGUUUAAAUGUCCAGUAAUAAGCCAAGCAGAACUAGCUAAUUACUUUGAAGAAUAAUUUAGCUUUCUUCCUAGCGCAGCCUGUGUCACGAAUUCACAUAUCCCUAUUACUGCCAUUGUGAGGUACUUACAUCUCCUAGAGCUGUUAAUUUCCAGUAUUCACAGCUGCCUAGCGCUUCUAUUGCUAAGUAGUCACAUCACAUAGAGCUGUUAAAUUUCAUUAUUCACAUCUCCAUAGAAAUGCCAAUGUCAAGUACUCCCAUCUCAUAGAGCUAUUAGUUUCCAGUAUUCACAUCUCCAUAGCAAUGCCAAUGUCAAGUACUCUCAUCUCGUAGAGCUAUUAGUUUCCAGUAUUCACAUCUCCAUAGCAGUGCCUAUGUCAAGUACUCUCAUCUCAUAGAGUUGUUAGUUUCCAGUAUUCACAUCUCCUAGCACUGACUAUGUCAGGUACUCCCAUCUCGUAAAGCUAUUAGUUUCCAGUAUUCACAUCUCCAAAGUACUGCCAAUAUCAAGUAUUCACAUCUCUACUGAAUGAACUUUUGCAAAAUGAAACUAAUAUCCACAUUAAUUUCAUAUUCUAAACCUAAUCAAAGACAUGCAUUCUAUAUUCUACAUACAAGUUAUCACUGUCUUUCUUCAAGACUUAACAUCACGUGACUCCAGCUGUGUUACUGUAAACAUUAGAAUUUUUUCAUCAUUAUUAUGUUUUUGCCCAUUGUAAAUGGUGGCAGCUGAAUCAUUCGAUUGGUACGAACGAUGUGUAUGUUAGCAGCUGUAUUGAUCUAAUGAGUAGGUGUAUGUAUGGAAUAUAUUAGUAGGCCAUCUGUAAUCAAACUUCUUGGAUAAAUAUGUGUUGUAAAGUUCCCCUCUCAGACCAUGUGGUCUAUAGAGCAGAUGAUGUAAAGGUCAUCCUUUUUUUGUUUUUGGCUCAUGGUGUCAUGCAGCCAGCAUAACUUAACUUUACAUUUCCACAACUAAUGCCAGGUAUCCAUAAGAGCUAGGUGGACUCAGAGGCGCCCUAAAGAUCCCAAAAUUAAAAAUUCCAGUCUCCACCCUCUGGUUUGAAAGCCAACCACCUUACCACUCAGCCACCGCGCCUCCUGAAAUAGUGUUGAUUGUAUGUUUACUCUCCAGCUAGUCCCACUUAAGAGUGUGAGUUGUCUCUCUUAGACUCAUAAUAAACUUUUAAUAAAGCAAUAUAAAAAGAUGUCGAUCUAGAAGUUUUUGAACUUGUGAGUUUACAGUGCAAAACAAAUGCUUGGAUCUAGACCAAUGAUGUAGAUUGUAGAGUGAGUCCAGCCACACAUUGUUGUAUUUCUAUAGGCCUUCGUGUUUCUGUUGUUGCCAGUUUGUUGGCGUUGCAAAGGAAAGAUAACUCAACUGUGACUUAAGAUGGUACAAUUUAAUUCAUGUCUUUUAUCGUGCUAAUUUGCUCAUGCGUGUGUGUGUGUGUGUGUGUGUGAGAGAGAGAGAGAGAGAGAGAGAGAGAGAGAGUGCUGACCACAGUGAAACUAUUCAUUCUCCUGUUGUACUAGUGUUACAUGACCAUGUUAUCACUAGAACAAGAUAUGGCUAAUAACCAAAGAUUUUUUAAAAACUGUAUUACAAGAUUAAUAUAUGACCUAUGGUAUUUUUUUUUAUAAACUACACACAUGUGUGCUAAUUAUCCUCACUCUGAUCUGUGAAAAUGGUUUAUAAAUGCACUAGCAGCUGUCAGCUUAAUAGAAGCUUUGGUGCUGAACAAAUGAAAAAUAAACAUGACAUGCAAUAUAUAACAUACAAUAGCAGCACUUGGAUGGAUUACUUAUGAAGAGAAGAAAGUAAAUAAACAUGGUGAAACAAAGAUAAUCUCCGACGAGGACUCAAACCAUGGACCUCCAACCGGGCAAAAGACCGGAUUUAAAUUUGAUGAGGCCUUAAGCCAGGGAUUCUCAACCUGUGGGUCGCGACCCCCUUGGGGGUCGAUUGACGAUUUUCCAGGGGUCCCAAAAGACCAUCGAAAAAAUGUUUUUGUCUAUUCUUUUAAUGCUGUAUGUGGGGGGGGGGGGGGGGGUUUCGCGGCAGAGUUAGGGGGGUAGGGGGGUGUAAAAAGGAUCGCCGAACUUAAAAGGUUGAGAACCGCUUCGGGCUUAAGCUAUUUGAGAUAUGGGGCCUCAUGUGAUCAACGUAAGACGAUUUUUCUUUUGUUUUAAAAUAUCAAUGGAACCAUUUUUUUUGGAGGGGGGGGGGAGUCCCCAGAUGGUGGACGCCCUAAUAUACCGGUAUAGCUUGUUUUGCCUAUAGGUAUACCCAGCACUGACCGGACCACAUUGCCUUGCAGCGACCCUGGUAUCAGGCCCAGGCUAAAAUCAGACUUGAUCCUACAGAACUUAAGGUGAGGAGCUUCAGGUCUAUACCUAUGUAGGAGAGAUCUUUCCUGACGGUCGACGGGACGAUUCGGAUGACGAGAGUCCCGAUUUCCUAAUGAACUUUUUGACGAGGUCCUGCAAAAAAAAAAACAAGUCAGCGUUUGACAACACUAUCUUUACUUUCUUCUCUCAAUAACUUUUGUACACCAGUGCUGCUGUUAUAUGUUAUGUUUAUGCAAGUCUACAUUGAAUUCGUAAACCUUUAAUUGGUUUAUUGUGUAUGACAGUGAUCCCCAAACUACGACUGGCGGGCCCAAUCCGGCCUCUUGAGACUUCUACCCACAGUACAUAAUGUAGAACCUCAGUUCCAUUUGAUGGGGGCUCAUGACCAACGUGUUGGAGUUCUAAAUAGCUCCCUGGUCGAAGUUGUUUGGGCAUCGCUGGUGUAUGGUCUAAUUCUUAUGGUAUCUGUUUAUUUUGUUAUUGAGAUGUUUUCUUUGCAAAAUAUGUAAUGUGUGGAUGUAUUUGAUACUUGGAGAGAAUGAAAAAAAAAAUGUUUUUAUUUUUUGAUGAGAUUAUGGUUAGCAUAAUUAGCUUAGGAUCUUACACAGUUAUGUUGGAUAUUUUAUUAAAAUGUAAAUUUAUGUAAAUAUUGAUCGAUGAGUUUUUAUGUGUUUUUUUUUUUGGUUUAGGUAUCAUAAAAUGAACUUCCAUCUCCAUUGAAUAAAAUCAACAGACUCUUUA